AAAAUAAAAAAAAAAAGUUAAAAGAAAAAUAGGAAAGAAAGUAACAGCUGGAGAAAAACAGGGGAGAGAGAACGUUUCAAAAGAUAGGAAGAGUUGACGUAAUAAACUCAAAAGUUGAAAAAGAAAGGAGGGGGGUUUUAUAUUAUUGUGAGAAGAAAAUUUGAGGAGGAAAAAUUAAAGAUGGAGAGGAGGAGAUCGAUGCAGGAGAUAUUGGGGUUGCUGAAGGUGAGGAUCGUGAGAGGAACCAACCUCGCUUUUCGUGAUACCAGAGGCAGCGAUCCCUAUGUUGUCCUUCGCCUGGGCUCUCAGAAACUGAAGACCAGUGUGAAGAAGAGGAAUGUGAAUCCAGAAUGGAAUGAAGAUCUAACCCUUUCUAUUUCAAAUCCUAUCAUGCCGAUGAAAAUUGAAGUGUACGACAAGGACACAUUCAGCAGAGACGAUGCCAUGGGGGACGCGGAGUUGGACAUCCAACCUUAUCUUGAUGCUAUGAAAAUGGUGUGGGAUGGAAUUCCUGAUGGCGCUCUGUUGAAGUCCAUAGAACCAAGCAGCGAUAACUGCUUAGCCGCUGAGAGCAGCAUUGUGUACAAAAACAAAAAGGUGGUCCAAGAAGCAAUUCUCAGGCUAAGGAAUGUGGAGAGUGGUGAAGUUGAGAUUCAGAUGCAGUGGGUUAAAAUUACCUCUUCAUGGUACUAAGCUUGAGGCAUAAGAGAAAGGUUGAUGUAUGGAGCAUAUUUUCUACAUGAACAACUUGUGUGAAUGUUACAUGUAUCUUGUAUCGUUUUGGGAGCUAAUAACUGAAUUUUAUAAACUAAUGUGUCCUGAAUAAAUUUGAUCUGUAUCCAAUUAUUUUCUUGUGAAAAUUUA